AUGGCACCCACGCUGCCGCUGCGCAUCGGCAUCAUCGGCGCCGGCGAAGUGACGCAGGUCAUCCACCUUCCCACGCUCCUACUUCUCUCUCAUCUCUUCCGUGUCACCGCACUCGCCGACGUCUCUCCCUCCUCCCUCUCCCACGUCGCCGCCAAGUUCGGCAUCCCCCACGCAUUCCGCUCCGCCGCCGAGCUGUGCGCAUGCAGUGACGUCGACGUCGUGCUCAUCGCCAGCGCCGAUGAGUUCCACGCGCAGCAGGCCUGCAUGGCCGCACGGCACGGCAAGCACGUCUUCUGCGAAAAGCCGCUGGCGCUGACGCGCGAGGAUUUUGCGCGCGUGGAGCAGGCGAGGAGAGAGCAUGGCGUGCAUGUCAGUGUGGGCUAUAUGCGUCGCUUCGCACCCGCUUUCCUGGAGUUCAAGCGUCUGCUAGCCUCGAGCGGUGCAAUCGAGUACG